UUCUAUUUUUCCAUUUUCCAACAUAUUUCAUUUUUUUUCUAGCUUUGAUUUUUGUUUUUUCAAGAAAUGAAAGUACCCUUUCCUGCUGCAAACAAUCACAACACCUCCAAACCAGCGCCGUCGUCCAAUUCCGCCACCACCAACGCCGCCGCCCCCGCUCCUCCUUCCGCCGCCGCCGCCGCCCACAGCAGCAGCAGUAGCUCCCCUAAUUACGAGCCCAAAUCCGUCCUCGAGCUCCGCGGAAGCCCGAGCCCGGUUUCCGGGAAGCCCAACUCUGAUUUCUUGAUCGGCGGCGGCGGCGGCGGUGGUGGUGAUCGUCUAAUUGAACUGGAAGAUCAUGUGCUGAAUAAUAUAGAGCACCCGCAGUUGGAGGAUUGGGAUUCUUUGAUGAGAGACUUGGGUUUGCACGACGAUUUCAAUCCCGUUUCUAAACCCUUCUCUUCUUCUUCUCAAUCCGAUUUAACUCACCAGAUUACUCACAACAUUAAUAAUAAUAAUAAUAAUAACAAUAUUCACUACUCGGAACUCGCCGAGUUCCCGCCGGUCACCUCGUUCGAGUCGACUCAGUUCGCGGCCGCGGAUUUCGGCCUCCUCCCUGACAUCCCCAUAUACUCAUCCGCCGCGCCUCCGACUUCCUUCGAAGGCCUCUCCGGCGACGCCAACAACAACAACUGGAACGUCGGGUUCGACUACGUGGACGAGUUGAUCCGACUCGCCGAGUGCUUCGAGACCAACUCGCUCCAACUCGGCCAGGUGAUACUGGCGCGGCUCAACCAGCGGCUGAGGUCCCCAGCCGGGAAGCCCAUCCAGCGAGCCGCGUUCUACUUCAAGGAGGCCCUCCAGUCGCUGCUCACCGGGUCGACCCGUCCGAGUCACCACGCGGCGAGUUCGUCGGAGAUUAUCCAGACCAUCAAGGCGCAGAAGACGUUCUCCAGCGUUUCGCCGGUGCCCAUGUUCGCCGGCUUCACGGCUAACCAAGCCGUGCUGGAGGCCAUGGACGGCUCGAUGAGCGUCCACGUCAUCGACUUCGACAUCGGCAUCGGCGGCCACUGGGCCUCCUUCAUGAAGGAGCUCGCCGACAAGGCGGCGGAGUCGCGCAGGGCGGCGCCGCCGCCGGCGCUGCGGAUAUCCGCCCUGGUGCCGGAGGAGUACGCGGCGGAGUCGAGGCUGAUCAGGGAGAACCUGACCGCGUUCGCCCGGGAUCUGAACAUCAGAUUCGAGGUCGAGUUCGUGCCGGUGCGCACCUUCCAGUACCUUUCGUUCAAGGCGGUCAAGUUCGCCGACGGCGAGAAGGUGGCGGUGCUUCUUUCCCCGGCGAUAUUCCGCCACGUGGGGACGGAGUUCCUGAACGAUCUCCGGCGGAUCUCCCCUCACGUGGUGGUGCACGUGGACGUCGAGGGGCAGAUGGGUUUCGGUACGGCGCCGUCGUACAGGCAGGCGGUGAUCGACGGCCUCGAGUUUUACUCCACGCUCUUGGAAUCUCUGGAAGCCGCGAACUUCAACAAUGGCGGCGCCGGCGGCGGUGGUGAGUGGAUGAGGAGAAUCGAGACCUUCGUGCUGUAUCCGAAGAUAGUGGAGGGGGUGGAGGCGGCUGGACGGCGGGGGACGCCGUGGAGGGAGGCGCUGGUGGCGGCGGGGUUGAGGCAGGUGGCGCUGAGUCAAUUCACUGAGUUUCAGGCCGAGUGUUUGCUAAGGAGAGUCCAAGUCAGAGGGUUCCACGUGUACAAAAGGCAGGCGGAGAUGCUGCUCUGCUGGCAUGAGAGGCCACUUGUUGCCACGUCAGCGUGGAGGUAUUAGGGAAAGAUUAAUCUCUCUAAUUGUGAUUAGAUGGAUAUUAAGCAAUGAAAAAAAUUGAGGGUUAGGAAUGAAAUAAUAUAUAUAUUAAUCCUGACCUGUUCAUGGUUAACAGCCCUGUAGUUUAUUUAAGUUGGUGUUUAAUUAGCUGGAUAAUUAACUAAUUAACUUUUGUCACUAAUGUGUUCUCU